AAGAGACAUUUCUGAAAAAAAACAAAAGAAACGUUUCUGGCUUUCUUCCACUUGGGGAACUCCUAGGGUUUAGGGACUCUGUCCUGUGCACUUCUUGUUAUAAAUCACAGUAUCACAGCUAUGAAAAGAACUCUAAUUUCUGCCUAUCUCACUAGGAGAUUGGCUGGGAAGGAAAAAAGCUGGCUCUGGCUUGAGUCACCACGGAGUGAGUCGGGACCUAGGGGCGACAGUCCUUUGCCACUCAAGCUCCCUCUCCUCCUCUAUCUACUUGGUGGGGCAGAGCACGUUCCUUUUGUUCUUCCUAAUUUGGAGCUAAUCAGAUUCCGACUGCGCCCAGGGCUCUCAGGGAGGAAUUAAAUAAAGGAGAGGAGGACGACAUUUCUCGUUUGGUACAUUUACCCUGUUGGAGUUGGCGCUGGGGAUCAGAUCCCCGAGAAUACCCAAGGGAGAGUCAGAUGCGUUCCGGCCUUCCAGGAGCUCACAGGGCGCUUCAACGGAGGGGCCCACAAGAGCUUAACGUGAGGCAGGACACCAAAGAGGCUGCCUCAGCAUGGAGAGCCGUGCCAGCUCGGCAUCCACCUCUGGGGCGCUGCCUUACUACGUGGCCUUCUCCCAGCUGCUGGGCCUGACUGUGGUGGCCACAACUGGCGCCUGGCUCGGUGUGUACCGAGGGGGCAUUGCUUGGGAGAGUGCCCUGCAGUUCAACGUUCAUCCCCUCUGCAUGGUCAUAGGCCUGGUCUUCCUGCAAGGAGACGCCCUGCUGGUUUACCGUGUCUUCAGGACUGAAGCAAAGCGUACCACCAAAAUCCUGCACGGGCUGCUACACGUCUUCGCCUUCAUCAUCGCCCUGGUGGGUCUGGUGGCGGUGUUCGACUACCACAGGAAGAAGGGCUAUGCCGACCUGUACAGCCUGCACAGCUGGUGUGGCAUCCUGGUCUUCGUGCUCUUCUUUGCGCAGGUGGGUCCUCUCUGUGCCCCAGGCACGGGGCGGGCUGGUUGGGGCGCACGCUGCGGGCGCCCGCACAGGUGAAGAUGCUCCAUCAGGGCUGGGCGCGAGUGGGCUUCGACCCCGACCCCGCGGCCCCAGGCCCAGCCCUCAAGCGCACAGGGAGGGACUGGGACCGGGCCUGGAGCACC